AAUCAUGGCGGCCACAUUUGGAAUAUUUGUGUUUAUAUGCCUCAAUACCGUUCGGAUAUCAGGAUAUGAUGAUAUCUCAAAGUUUAAAACAACGGCACAAAGCAGUCUGAAAGAAGAUAAUCAGCAUUUUUCUCCAGAAAAAGCGGUUGACAAAGAUAUCAGCACGUGUUCCUCUACAGGGGCAGAUAAUCCGGCUUGGUGGUAUGUGGAUUUACAGGAAAUCAAAAGCAUACAUGAUAUACAAAUCCACUUUGAUGGAACAAAUACAGAAAAUGGUACGUAG